AUGUCAGAAACUGAGUCAGAAAAGAUAAAAGUAAGAACGGCCGAACAUUUUGAAAAUGACAAAAGUAACAUUCCUUGGUUGAAGGAAGGACUUUCCUGCUCUAUUUUCUCACCCCAACACAAUCCAGAUACGCAACUUACGAAUGAAAAGCAUGGAGAAGAGAAACCUAUUAAUGCUAUCAUUAUAAAUUCAGUAUCUGAAUUCAGUAUCACAGAUGGACCAGUCCAGGAAAGCCCCAAUGAAAAAAACCUGUCAGGAUCGAGCACUUCACUCUCCUCCCUCGAAGAAUGCCAAACGAAAUUUCCCUACCUCCAAACUAAUACUUCAGUUCAUCAGAGAGAUGCUGAUGAAGAGUGUGCCUCCCUGAUCCUCGCCUGUCUCUUUUGCCAAUUCCUGGACUGCCUCCUCAUGCUCCCUGACACGUGCGAAACCAUUUGCAUCAACCUGUGCUGCCCCUCUCACAGGUACUACUCGGCCUCAGACGAGAACCAUCCUCGCAAUGACUGCAACCUGACCUGUGACGUGGACUGCAGCCUCUUUGAAUCCUGCCAUGAGACCAGUGAGUGCCUGGAGCUGGCCAUGGAGAUAUCAGAAAUCUGUUACCGCUAG